CCCUCCCGCAGAAGCAAAAGAUUUCUGCGCCGAUCGGUCUGAGCCCCCCUCCCUUCCCCAUUUUGAUCGCCCCUGCUUUCCUCUGCUCUGCUCUCUCUGCUUUGCUUUUCUCCACCACCUUGACUCCUCCUCCACACGGCCAAGACCACCACAGCCAAACCCCCUUCCCCCUCACCCUCCUCCUGCUCGCAAAUGCCGCCUGCUGCUCGCUCGGGUGCUCGCGCGUGACCGCUUCAGAGGAGUGGGGGCACAGAGCGCGGCCGUCCGCGCGCCGGCGACAUGGGGGAGGCGGAUUUGGAGGAGGUGGUGCUCUCCUGGACGGCGCAGGAGAUCAGCGACGACGACCUCUACAGGGACAAGGUUGAGACUAUUCCCUGCAACUUCAAGUCACUUAAUCACUAUCUCACGUCGUAUCGUGUGCCUCUGAUUGAAGAAACAAGAUCAGAUCUGUGCUCAUGCCUUGAACUCAUCAGUGAAGCACCCUCGUCGAAAAUACUUUCCAUGGAGGUAGCAGGAAAACCAGGAUCAUACUUUAUGGAUGUGGACUUUUGGGACAAUGAUGCUGGUUUUUCUACUGGGGCUUAUUCUGCGAGGAAUGGUGACAUCUAUAUUUUGUCUAGCGUAAAACCUGAAGCUGCAGAGGACUUAAACCGCCAUGGUGUGACAUAUUGCUUGGCAAUGGUCACUGAGGUUUCUAUGGAUGAUGAAUACCAGAAGGGCUUCAGAGUCAAAGUUGCAAAGAAUAAUUGUUUGGAAGAAGAAGAUUUAAACAAACUCAAGCAUGCAAUAUUUCUCAAUAAUAUCACGACAAACACACGGAUAUGGAAAGCACUUACCUUCGAUACACACAUGAACGAAAAUUUCACAGUAAUCAAGUUGCUUUUAGCCCCCACAAAUCUGGGUGAGGAUGUUUGCCGUAUGUGUGCUAAACAGGAUGGGGGCUGUUUGGCUUCUUACACAGAGCAACUACUGUCAGUUAAGCUUAAUCAAUCGCAAUUAGAUGCUAUUGAAUCUGUCAUCUCAGCUGUACGAUGUGGGCAUGUGAACCGCGUGAAGCUUAUAUGGGGUCCACCAGGCACUGGGAAGACCAAGACGGUUAGCGCUUUACUGUGGGUUUUGGCGUGUUUGAAAUGCAGAACUCUUACCUGUGCUUCCACAAAUGUUGCUGUUGUUGGAGUUUGCACUCGUUUCCUUCAGAACUUGAAGGAUUUCAAUGAGCACAUUGACAACAUUUGUCUACCUUCUUCUCUUGGAGAUAUCUUGCUAUUUGGGAACAGGUCUAACAUGGACAUCACCGAGGAUCUUCAGGAAGUUUUCUUGGACUUUCGUGUCGAUGAACUUGUGGAAUGCUUUUCAUCAUUGUCCGGAUGGAACUACAGAAUAGCUUCAAUGAUAUCCUUUUUUGAAGACUCUGCUUCACGGUAUGAUAUGCUUCUUGAGGAUGAUGGCAAAAUUGAUCCAGUGUGCUUUCUGGACUUCAUAAAGAAACAAUUUGAUGCGACAGCAAUAGCUCUGAAAAGAUGCAUAAUGAAUUUGUGGGUUCACCUUCCUGGAAGGUGCUUUUCUCGUGAUAGUGUCAUAAAUAUAUCUUCAUUGCUGAAUAUGCUGGAAAAUUUUGGACCCUUCUGUGCAACGUAGACUUGACCGAAGAGGGUUUGAAAAGGGGCCUUGGUUACCUGUCAACUGAAAACUCUGUUUGUGCACAGCCUAUAUCUUCUGUUGAGAAGGAACUGGACGGAGCAAGGUCUUCAUGCCUUAAGUUGCUUAAAGAUCUGCUACACUCGCUUAAUUUACCCACUGGAGUAGGCAAAGACUGGGUCCAGAGCUACUGCAUACGUAAUGCAACACUUCUUUUCUGUACCGCCUCUAGCUCUUAUCGGUUACAUCACAUGGAGAUUGCACCCCUCGAUGUAUUAAUUGUUGAUGAGGCUGCUCAAGUGCGGGAGUGUGAAUUGGUGAUCCACUACGUCUGCAUUGGUUAAAACAUGUUGUUUUGGUAGGAGAUGACUGUCAGCUGAGUGCAAUGGUUAAAAGCAAAGUAUGCAAAGAAGCUGGAUUUGAGACAAGUCUAUUUGGGAGAUUGGUUAUGCUCAAAUUUGAUAAACAUUUGCUGAAUAUACAGUAUCGCAUGAAUCCUUGUAUCAGCUUAUUUCCAAAUACUCAGUUUUAUGGGAGGAAGAUUUUAGAUGGUUCCAAUGUCCUGUCUCCAAGUUAUAACAAGGAUUACACAUGCCUCCCUUUUGGCAGCUACACGUUUAUAAAUGUCACUGAUGGAAGGGAAGACAAAGAGGGCACAGGAAACAGUCGCAGAAACAUGGUUGAAGUUGCUGUUGUUUUGCACCUAAUCCAUACCAUCUUUAAAUCUUGGAAAAGAACAGAUCAAGGGCUCAGCAUCGGUGUGGUCUCUCCAUAUAAAGCUCAAGUUGAUGCAAUUAAAAGUCGGCUUGGCAAAAAAUAUGAUACAUGUGAUGGCUUUCAUGUGCGGGUGAAGUCCGUUGAUGGUUUCCAAGGAGAAGAGGAUGAUAUAAUAAUACUAUCAACUGUUAGAUCCAAUGGGAGAGGAGUUGUUGGAUUUCUUGCUGAUAACCAAAGAACAAAUGUUGCUCUUACUAGAGCAAGGCACUGUCUUUGGAUUGUUGGGAACGCUCAUACACUAUAUAAAAGUGGGACCGAAUGGACAGACCUUGUUGCUGACGCAGAGAGACGUAAAUGUGUUUUCAGUGCCACUAAUGACGCAACCAUGUGUAAGUUGGUUGUGCAAGUAAAGCAAGAGCUUGAUGAACUUGACGAUCUUCUUAAUGCUGAUUCAGCAGUUUUCAGCAAUACUAGAUGGAAGGUCAUUCUUAGCGACGAGUUUAGAAAGUCUUUCACCAAACUAAAAUCACCACAGCUCAGGAAGGAAGUACUCCAAAAGCUUAUCAGACUCGGAGAUGGUUGGAGGACAACAGUUAAGAACAUUGAUAUACCUGGUGCUUCUCAUCUUGCAAAAAUAUACAAGGUCAGAAACCUGUAUCUUGUUUGGAGUACUGACGUGGAGAAAACCGAAGGAAGGUAUUUUCAGAUAAUAAGAAUUUGGGACCUAGUGUCACAGCAAAAUGUUGCCAGAACUGUUCAACGUCUCGAGAAUCUGUUUUCCAUGUACACAGAUGAUUACCUGGAUCAUUGCAGGAGAGUGCAGACACAGGGGAAACUGGAGGUUCCUAUGGUUUGGCAUAUUGAGCAUGAUAUUAUCCGCUAUAACAAGGAUUGCAAAGGUGAUGCUCAUGAGGAGCAUGAUCUCGUGGAUACAUCAUAUGCCAUGGAGAAUUCAAAAGUUAGCGAAAGCUUCUUGCUAAUGAAAUUCUACUCUUUAUCAUCUGGUGUGGCAAAGCAUUUGCUGACAGCUACUGAUGGAUCUGAAAUCGACAUCCCCUUUGAACUAACUGAUGAAGAGCAGGAGAUAAUCCAAUUCCCGCUCACUAGUUUUAUACUUGGGAGGUCAGGCACCGGAAAAACCACUGUAUUGACAAUGAAACUGAUUCAAAAAGAGCAACGGUCAUUGAUUGCCUCCCAAGGUCUACAUUUGGGAGAUGAUUUAUCAGGGCUGGAUCACAAAAAUAUUAUGCCACUGAAGGACGCAGGAGAAAGUUCUGUGAAACAAGUGUUUAUCACUGUAAGCCCAAAGUUGUGUUCAGCAAUAAAAAAUCACAUUUCUGGACUUAAAAGAUUUGGCACCGGUGAUAUCUCUGGCCAGCCUAGCAUUCUUCACAUGCAUGACAUCAUGGAUGACCUGGAAGAGUUUACAGAAAUUCCUGACAAUUUUUGUGAUCUACCCCAUGAGCACUAUCCUCUUACUAUAACAUAUCGUAAGUUUUUGAUGAUGCUUGAUGGAACAUGCCGGACAUCAUUUUUUGAUGCGUUUUAUGGUGAAAUGAAGUCUAGCUUUGAGAGAGGCCAUUCAAGAUCUCGUGCAGUGCAAACUUUUAUUGAAUUGAAGGAAGUUACCUAUGAAAAAUUUGCUGCUUUCUACUGGCCUCGUUUCAAUGCAGAUCUGACAAAGAAAUUUGCCGCAUCCACUGUCUUCACCGAAAUAAUUUCUCAUAUUAAGGGUGCAUAUCAAGCAAGCAGGCCUUGUACUGGCAAACUGGGUGCGCCCCUGAUUUGACCGUACACUAAUCAUGCACGCAAAUGUGUACGAUCAAGAUCAGGGACUCACGGGAAGAUAUCACAACACAAUUCUAAAACAUAAAUAAGUCAUACAAGCA